CCGGUUGAUAUCUAUUAAAAAUAUAGUCUGUCAUAACUAUUUUAUAUUCUUCAUAUUGCACCAUCAAACGAAAUUUAUAAUUUAAGAUCGUUUUGGUGCUAUAUAAUGUUGAAGCCAUAGACGCUUUCAAAAUAUAUAGUGACAAAACUAGAAUCCGUAGCCAGCGUAGGAAUUUAUCAAAAUAUUUAUUGAAAUUGACUUCAUUGUUAUUUAUCAUGGCGUCUGUCGACUGUAAUUCAGAACAAUCUGCAAGUGCUGAUAUUAGUAGUGAUGGUCAUAUACCUCAUGUGAAAUCAAGCUUUGGUUUUACUGUGUAUUAUGAAAUGUCAGGUAAAAAAACUUCCAACUUUACAUAUAGUUAAUACAUGCUAUUCUGUUGCAAUUUUUAAUAAGCAACAAAAAUAGAAUGCAGCAGCAGCAGCAGAAAGUAAUGGUGCAUAAUGGUUGUUUCUUUAUUUAGAUAAUGCUUCAGACAAACUUUCAGAAGUCAUUGUGAUUAACGACAAGUCGAAUGAAAGACUUGAUUUUCUGGAGGAGUGCCUUACAAAACGGAAACUUGAUCUCAGCCAAGGAGAUUUCGCAGAGAGCUUGUUGAAAGAGGCUGAGAAAAUAUUUGAGCAUGGCGAUGAUACCAGUAUUCUGGAGGGGCUUGAUGGUACGAACAUUGAGAAAUCUGAGGAAAUGGGCGCUACUAUCUGUCAAUAUUUCUUAAAAGGAAAAUGCAGAUUUGGGGACACAUGUUUCAACGUUCAUGAUAAAUUAUCCACUGAGGACACAAUUGAAGAUGAGUCAACAAACACUUUUGAAAACAAAACAAACAACAUUAAAAACAAACUACAAAAACCAAAAACCAACAUCGUAGAAAGCGAAAAGUCGAGAAAAAAGCCGCCAAUGAAAACUGCAACUGACGUUAUAAACCGUAUACAAUGGGAUGAAAAAUUAAACCCAGAACAUUUCACAGUUGGGUAUCUGGAUCGUUUUCUUGGCAUCGUUGAGAACUCGUUUAAUUCUUUCGAUUGGGAGGAUGUUACGUCAGUGGAUCCAACCAUCCUGGCAAUUCCAAAGCAUCGUAUACAGUACUUCAAGUAUUGUGAUGAAAUUGUGUGGGACAAAAACAAACGACUCGACUGUGUAUUUGGUUCGACUGGCUCAGGAAUGACAAUUGUAGAUGUAAUCGAGAACAGUCAGCAGAAACAGGAAACAUCAAGUGAUACCCAAAAUGUGAACAGUUAAACAGUUGUUGAAACUAAUAUAACAAUAUACUUGAGUGUAUACAUUAGUUUGUUUCUAAAGAUCUGAAAGGCAAAAAUACAUGUGCAGUAAAGAUAAAUCGAGAAAAAAAUAAUUUCACUUCACCAGUGAGUAGAAGUUAAUUCUACUCAACCAUCUGUAUUUAACAGAUACAAAUUCUUGCGAAGAAUUUUGCCAUCAUGAAUACAAAAUUGUGAUUAGUUAAAUUUCAAGCAAAAUCCUGUAAUAUAAUUUUACUUAUUAUAUGCCACAAAAUUUUGAUUAAGGGGGUUAUCUGGAGAUUUCAACCAUUCUUUUCGAAGCAUUUGCUUGAUCUGUGAUAAUCUCAUGUUAGGGUUCUCAGCUUUUAGAGCCGGUAGUCUUUCUUCCUCAAACGCAGCAAACGCUGCUUUCAUCCUUUUUUCUGGAUGUGACUCUUGUUUAUCAUCGACAGACAGAACAGAUAUAGCGUCUUCAACAUUUCUAGCCUCGACCCCACCCUCUGCGGCCAACGUGUCCACAACCAGGUGGUUUAUAUUUUCCUCAGGGGGAGCAUCGUCAACUGUUACAUUUUUCUUGACAGGUUUCGCUGCUGCAGCUUUGCGUUUUUCCGCCUCUUUUUCUUGCAAACUUGAGAUUUCAGAUCUCGUCACUUUGGCCGAAGUUGUCUUGCCUUUCUGUUUUGAUUCCUCAGCUUCCAAAAGUUCUUUCGCUGCUCGUUUUUUUUCUAGUUGUUCCAAUCGUUUUCUCUCCUUGUCUUCCUAA